CCUGUGGGAGCCAUUCUAACAUGGCUUCCUUCCUAGAACACUACCUAAAUUGUCUUGUGAACCAUUACCAUCUUCCAUGGUUAUAGCACUCUCCUAUCAGAUUUCCUCUCAGACCUCAGUUUCACCUUCCCAUGGAACCAGAAGAUAUAGAACUAUAGAAGCUUUGCUGGGAGCUACAAGUCUACAACGUCAGAGCUACAUUCAACUUAACUCUCUGUGGGUCUCUGUCUCCAAAGCUGUUUGCAUCUUUUAUCAUUCGGCAUUCAAAUUUCAUUCAAGAAGAAUCUGCAUUGCGGUUGUGAGUCUCAACCCGUAAACAAUGCACAGAAUUCACAUCUGUUGCUUGCAUUUUGGCACAGUGAGAGCCGGUGAUAAUAUCUCAUUGCGCUUGUUGACUUCGAGAGAUUAACUUGUGAUUUUGAACCCAGAUUUUGUGUAGAAACGGGAGUCUCAUCUCACCAAAACUCUCUGUUGAGAGACUCCAUAAAAUGUUACAAGCCUAGAAUGCAACAUUCUUGAUCAAAAUUAGGGACUGAAUUAAAUUCUGUUAAUUCCAUUGAUUGAAUUUCAUGGGAUCAAAAAGAAGGUGGUAUUUCAUUUGGGUGAUCUGUUGUCUCUGUCUCUUUAUUUCUUCUUCAGGACAAGCCUUAAACAACCUUACUCAUGAUGACUUAGAUGAUCUUUUCCAGGAUUAUGCCUUCAAAGCCUUCAAAGCACUGGUUAGACCUCGUACAGGCAAGCUGUACAAUGCAGCUCUCCCUGUUAAUCUGUCCGGAAUGGAAGCCUCAGUUGUGCGUCUCAGGAGAGGGAGCUUUUGGGUCAGAGGAGCAAAUUUCAGCACCUUCCACAUCCCACCCAGGAUUAUACCACUGCCCUAUGUGAAGAGACUGGCCAUUGUCUAUCAAAAUCUGGGCAAUUGGUCAUCUUAUUACUACCGUGUGCCAGGCUAUGCAUUGGUUGCACCUGUUGUUGGCUUCAUGGUUUAUGAUGCAUCCAACCUAAGUGCCACCAGCAUCACCAAGCUCAGCCUCAGUUUGAGAGGGGAUCCCAUUUCAAUCCGUUUUCCUCAGGUAGUGUUGCCUGAAGGAUCAAAUUCCACCAUAAGAUGUGCUACAUUCAGUGAAGAUGGGUCAGUGCUCCUUAGUGAGAUGACACUCCCAAGUGAAUGUUUGGGGCACGAUCAAGGCCAUUUCUCCCUGGUUGUUUCAGUUCCUCCAAUUGCUGUUCCAUUGAAGAGGAAAGUGAAGCUCUGGAAAUGGUGGGCAAUUGGGUUUGGCUCUGGUUUCAUUGGGCUGGUGUUGGUGGGUUUGGUCGGCAUUGUAGCUUUAACCUUUGUGAAGAAAAAUAAAUUUGGGGAAAUGGAAAGAAGAGCUAGUGAAGGUGAGGCUUUUGAUACUGUUUGGAUUGGGACUAGCAAAAUGCCUUCAGCCAGAGUAAUUAGAACACAGCCAGUCCUUGAGAAUGGUGAUGCUCCAUAACUUCCUUUUCUUCAUCCCCUCUGUUUCUCUCUUUGUUUCUAGUUUUCCUUUUUCGGGAUAUAUUUCUGAAUGAAUUGAGAAUUCUUAGAUGUAUGUAUGUUGCAAAUCAGAUUAAUUCA